UGUCAGGGCCAUCACCUUCACCGUCCUCCGAGGAAAGAUGAAGGUCUGGCAGUGUGUGGUGUGGCUCUCUGCCAUCACAUUGGAGGUCGCUCGCUCUCAGUCUCCGGAUCGGGAAGGAUGGAUCAGAGAAGCUGUGGAUCUCUACAACCAGAGAGAAGAUGGAGAGUUCCUCUUCAAGCUCCUGUCUGAGCUCCCCGCCGCCCUCCUGGAGGAGGAGGGAGACUCUCCAGCAAUCACUUUCUUGAUAAAGGAGACGGACUGCCCCAAAUCUGAGGAGAAAGACUUGGAGGGAUGCGACUACAAGGAGGACGGGGAGGUGAAGGUCUGCGCCCUGCAGCGGGAGGAAGAGGAUGUGAAAUGCGUCAGUCUGGCCGAGAAACCACGCAGCAAGCGAUUCAUCAAAAAAAAGAUCGAAUUUUUGCGCAAUGUGAAGAAUAAGGUCAAAUCCACAAUCAAAUCCCUCUUCUCCAGGGGCAAUGCCGCGGCAGGUGGAAAUUAUCGCGUAUAAAUAAUACAUCACCGCGCCAUCAGCGCAGUACGAGCUCCGCCCGCCAACGCUCUCCCCGUGUACACCGCGCCAUCAGUGCAGUACAAGCUCCGCCCGCCAACACUCUCCCCGUGUACACCGCACCAUCAGUGCAGUACGAGCUCCGCCCGCCAACGCUCUCCCCGUGUACACCGCGCCAUCAGCGCAGUACGAGCUCCGCCCGCCAACGCUCUCCCCGUGUACACCGCGCCAUCAGUGCAGUACAAGCUCCGCCCGCCAACACUCUCCCCGUGUACACCGCACCAUCAGUGCAGUACGAGCUCCGCCCGCCAACGCUCUCCCCGUGUACACCGCGCCAUCAGUGCAGUAGAGCUCCGCCCGCCAACGCUCUCCCCGUGUACAUCGCGCCAUCAGUGCAGUACGAGCUCCGCCCACCAACGCUCUCCCCGUGUACACCGCGCCAUCAGUGCAGUACGAGCUCCGCCCACCAACGCUCUCCCUGUGUACACCGCGCCAUCAGUGCAGUACGAGCUCCGCCCACCAAAGCUCUCCCCGUGUACACCGUGCCAUCAGUGCAGUACGAGCUCCGCCUGCCAACGCUCUCCCCGUGUACACUGCGCCAUCAGUGCAGUACGAGCUCCGCCCGCCAACGCUCUCCCCGUGUACACCGCGCCAUCAGUGCAGUACGAGCUCCGCCCGCCAACGCUCUCCCCGUGUACACCGCGUCAUCAGUGCAGUACGAGCUCCGCCCACCAACGCUCUCCCCGUGUACACCGCGCCAUCAGUGCAGUACGAGCUCCGCCCACCAACGCUCUCCCCGUGUACACCGCGCCAUCAGUGCAGUACGAGCUCCGCCCGCCAACGCUCUCCCCGUGUACACCGCGCCAUCAGUGCAGUACGAGCUCCGCCCGCCAACGCUCUCCCCGUGUACACCGCGCCAUCAGUGCAGUACGAGCUCCGCCCGCCAACGCUCUCCCCGUGUACACCGCGACAUCAGUGCAGUGCGAGCUCCGCCCGCCAACGCUCUCCCCGUGUACACCGCGCCAUCAGUGCAGUACGAGCUCCGCCCACCAACGCUCUCCCCGUGUACACCGCGCCAAUCUCCGCUUCAUCAGAAAUGUUCUCUAUUAUGGAUACAUUGUAUACUGUGUGUGUGGAAUUGUAUCGGAUGAUCUGCAGGUGACGCUUUUUAUUUGCUUCCAACAUUUCUGCAAAUUAAUCCAAAUAAAAUGAUAUUCCGAAA